AUGUCGAUUUGUAUAGUGUGUUCGACGAAUCUUUUCAAUAUAGGUAAUCAAGAAGCACAGUGUUACACUGAUCGAACGGACAAUGCGCAAUAUGAACAUCGACGAUUGGUGAUCGAAGCACGCUGUGAAGACUAUGGCGGCUGUCAGUAUACUUCAGCACGACUUAAAUCGAAGAGUGCUUGGACUUAUGGACGUCUUCAGAUACGAUCGAGCAAAAGCAAAACUACCGAGUGGUCACCGUUUAUGCCCAGCCAUUUGGAUGGCAAGUAUCAUUUAGCGAUGUGCAGAAUGUUUUCGCUCUUCACACCUGUGUGUAGCGGGGUGUGA